AUGCCUCACGCAGACUCCUCUUACUUCGGCGCCGGCAAUGGCUCCAAAUCCGAAGUCUACACUCAGGUCCUAGAGCAAGCUCGUGGUUUGGUAUACGACCAGCGCAACUGGGUACGUAACUUCUCUAACGUCGCCUCUCUCCUCUGGCACGCCUACGCCGCUCUCCCCGCCCCCUCCUCCUCUGUCAACUGGGCCGGAUUCUACAUCCGCCAGGAUAAGUUCCCCGUCCUCGGCGGCGCACCACCCUCCGAAGAGGACAGCAACAAGAAGCCCGUCCUCCUCCUCGGUCCCUUCCAGGGCCGUCCGGCAUGUCAGGAGAUUCGCUUCGGGCGGGGCGUGUGCGGAACGGCGGCGGAGAAGCGCGAGACGGUCGUGGUGCCGGAUGUCGAGAACUUCCCGGGGCAUAUUGCUUGCGAUGCGAGCAGUCGGAGUGAGAUUGUGGUGCCGAUUUUGAGUAAGGGGGAGACUGUUGCGAUUAUCGACAUUGAUUGUGCGGAGCCCAAUGGGUUCGAUGAUGAGGAUAAGAAGUAUUUGGAGGAGUUGGCGGCGUUGUUGGCGGAGUGCUGUGAUUGGUAA